GUUUCGGUUAAAUUUCAUAUUUUACAUUCCUCGAUGCAAUACGCCUUUUACCGCGUUAAGUGGUGACAAAUGCGAUUGGAUAUAUCUGGCCCUAUAUUCGGACGAUAUCGCUUCAGAGGAAAAAUCGAUAUAUUUGACGAAAUAUCUAAAAUGGCGAUCUGAAAAAACAAUUAUUUCAUAGCAGACCUAUGUGUGUAAUCGACCUGGCUACCAUUGAAAUUUUUCAAACUGGUUUUUCGUUUCUUAUGCGAAACGAUCGUUUUUUUGUGAACAUUGGGGAGACGCAAAGAGGAAGAUUAAAAGCUGAACAAGAACAAUGCAGACAAUUAAGUGCGUUGUGGUAGGCGAUGGUGCAGUAGGUAAAACUUGUCUGUUGAUAUCGUAUACCACCAAUAAAUUUCCAUCCGAAUAUGUCCCAACAGUAUUCGACAAUUACGCAGUAACUGUUAUGAUUGGCGGGGAACCAUAUACAUUAGGAUUAUUUGAUACAGCUGGUCAGGAGGAUUACGAUCGUUUACGACCUUUAAGUUAUCCUCAAACCGACGUGUUUCUGGUUUGCUUCUCUGUCGUAUCGCCCUCGUCAUUUGAAAAUGUUAAAGAGAAGUGGGUUCCAGAAAUAACUCAUCACUGUCAAAAGACUCCGUUUUUAUUGGUCGGUACUCAAAUAGAUUUGCGAGAUGAUGCCGCGACUAUAGAGAAACUUGCAAAAAAUAAACAAAAACCUAUAUCGGCGGAACAAGGAGAAAAGCUCGCCAAAGAGCUAAAAGCUGUAAAAUAUGUCGAGUGCAGUGCUCUUACACAGAAAGGCUUGAAAAAUGUGUUCGACGAAGCGAUCCUAGCCGCUUUAGAGCCUCCCGAGCCAGUCAGAAGAAGACGGUGUAUCGUCUUGUAGAGCACAACCGACAUCCUUUCUAAAACCUAUUAGCGCUAUUCAGCCGAAGACUGUGAGUUCCAUUGUACGGUGCAUGCAAGAACAUUUUCGACGAUCGGUAACCCCGAUAUCCGAGUAAUCGGUACGAUUCAUCUUUCGUUUUUAACGCAUUCGAUCCGUGCUCGACAUAAACGAAAAAUUCACACAAAAAGAUGAAAACAGACAUUUUAUACGUAACGGAGACGCAUAUAAAUGUAUACGAAUAUGCGUCUCCCUUUGCCAAACCUUUCGUUGAAGAAAUAUAAAUCAACGAUCGGUUUCGAACGAACGGCAGCGAGCAUCGAUACUUUUGACGAUCGCACGAAAGAAAUGGCAUAAUCACCGAGACCUACGAACAUCCAUAAGAGUUUCGUAACUAAAUAUUUGCAAAACAUUCAACUAUUUAAUGUAUAAGACGUUUUUAUUGAUAAAUUGGUAGUGUGAAUUUUUUAAUAAAUCAGUUUUAAAAAAUGA